GAUGAACAGAGACAGGGAGGGAAAAAGCAAGAGAGAGCGAGAGAGGGAGAGAAAGUACAGAGGGUUAUAUUGACUCAAAGCUGGUCUACAUGCUCCAUAGAGUGUGAGAGACAGAGGAUGUAAGAGCAGGCAAGAUGGAGUGCUGGCACAGAUGAAGACUGUCCCUAGUCCCGUUUGGCAGCCCUGAUGAGCGUCUCUAAGCCCCCACCACCACCUUCCACCUCCCACCUGGCCAUCCCCCCUCCCUCCCCCUCAGCCCCGUCCUCGGCCGCCACCUCCCCCAUGGCGGCGCCCCACUCGGCCGCUCCUCCUCCGCCGUCGCCGGUCAAGAUUUCUAUGCAGGAGCACUUUGCCAUCAACGUGUGCCCGGGGCCCAUCCUCCCCAUCCCGCAGAUCUCAGACUUCUUCCCACGCUUCCACGACUACCCCUGCACGCCGCCACCCCCCAGGGAGAAGAAGAUCCUGAAGGAGGAGACGUUCAACGGGGAGACGGGAGGAGGAUACAAGGACGGGGAGAGGAGAGGGGAGAACGAAGGCGACGUGGGGGAGGUGUUCGACUCUGACGACGAAGACACCUACCUGGGAACACUGGAGUUCACCCUGCUCUUUGAUCAAGAGAAUAACUGCCUUCAUUGUACAAUUCACAAGGCAAAGGGUCUGAAGGCCAUGGACUCCAAUGGGCUGGCUGAUCCAUACGUCAAGCUUCAUCUUCUCCCAGGGGCGAGCAAGGCGAACAAGCUUCGCACAAAAACCCUGAAGAACACGUUGAAUCCAGUGUGGAACGAAACGCUGGUGUAUCACGGCAUCACGGGAGCUGACAUGUCCACAAAAACACUCAGCGUGGUCGCAUCCUGGUGUCACUGUGCUACAACACAGAGAAGGGCUGCCUGCUGGUUGGGAUCAUCCGCUGCGCCCACCUGGCCGCCAUGGACUCCAACGGCUACUCAGACCCCUUCGUAAAAAUCAUCUUACAGCCAGACAUGGGGAAAAAAUCAAAGUACAAGACCUCCGUGAAGAAAAAGACUCUCAAUCCUGAAUUUAAUGAGGAGUUUUCAUAUGAAGUAUCCUUGGACCAGCUGGCGAAGAAAACCCUCGAGAUCUCGGUGUGGGACUAUGACUUGGGAAUGAGCAACGACUUCAUAGGCGGCGUGGAGCUGGGCAUCAACGCCAGUGGACAGAGACUCAGACACUGGUUCGAUUGUCUCAAAAACAAAGGGAAGAAAGUGGAAUACUGGCACACGCUCACACAGCAAGGAGCCCCGAGCAGCGACAAGCCGGACUAGAUUCACACAAGYCGUUCCCAAGAUGACGCCCAUGAGCACAUUCAUCUCACCGAAUGAUGGUUCAGAGGAGUCCAACAACAACAGCGAUCUAAACAAAGAACAAAAAAAAAACAUGCAAUAAUAAUGUUUAAAAAAGUUACAUUUGUCAUAAAUCGUUACUAAACGCAGCACAAAGCAUUAGUUCAUGUUGAUACUAAUCUUGGUGAUUGUGAUGAGAUGUAAUCUGAGUACGUUUUCCCCCCACAAGAUUAGCCAAAUCGUGACGAUGUCCUCAUCGAAGUGUUGUCAUGACAAAAACUCAAAAUUGUGCUCGCCGUGUCGUGGAAGUCGCUCUCAUCCGUUCAGAUUUUAAGACCAGAUUUUAAAGGUUUCACAGCUCAUUCAAGCCCGCUCCCUYGACACCGGUGUGACUUUGUGUUACAGGAGUGGGUUCUGUUGAAAAGUCUCUAUUUCAAGUGGCUGCCAAUCUGAUGCAAAACAACACCAUACUUUACUGUAAAGCACAAGAUGAGAUCCAUUAGGUGGAUUGGUACCUUUACCUUUUUUUCAGUGUUCCGUCUUUUCGUUUAUUGUCGGUGGCAGUGGUCCUCCACCACCUCCAUGUGUCGGCGUUUGCGUGUACGUGUGUGUAAAUUAUGACAAUAUGAGUGCCUACAUUUCUAUGUGCAAUACUUGUCUGUCUGUGUUCUCCUCAUGCCGCGUUCAAAAUGUUUCUGUUCCAACGUCAGGCGCAUAGGGGUGUGAGGGAAUACCGACAGACAAGAAAGGAUUCGUUCAAUACGGAAAUGUUUUCGUGACCAAAACAAACCUCYGUGUAGUGAGGCAUUCUGUUUCCAAAGGCAAUCUUAAGAAAGAAAGUCUACUUUUUAAACUUGGUUGAGGAAUAGCUGGUUUAUGCGAACAGCAGGCAAACAAAUUGCUUUUGGAUGUAUUGUUUGUACUUUUAAAAGUGACGUUUUAGGCUGCUCUCUUUGAAAAGCCUCAGUUUGGAGAGAUAGAUUUGAAUUCUGACUUGACUGAAAAGCUAACAGCUCCGCCUCUGCAUUAGCUCAUCAAUCUGUCAAAAUUACACUUUGAUUUCUCUCCAACAAGUAAAAAAAACUGUUCAUAACUUUUCCACAGAACUCUGUUUAAAGUAAUCUGAAAUAUCCCUUUAAUUGUCCAAAUUCUAGGCUGUAAAGAAAACACAUUUCAUCUGUGACUGGUUCCAGUUUUARAGAAACGCUGUAAUAAUAUAUAUAGAUAUUUUUAUUGUUUAAAUUUGGAUGUUUAUGCUGACAAACCUAUAUGUGCUUGACUAACUAACCCAACAGUGCAUGUUGUUAUAGGUGAAAAAGGUUUGGCUGAAUCUUGCAUCAACCAUCAGAGGGAGUCAUUGCUUCAAUGUUUGCUUCAGUUCAGUUCUUUAAACCAAAAGGGUCCAAUCCUGGUCCUCGAGGGCCUCCUGCAUGUUUUAGAGUUGUUGUGUUUUCUGCUCAAACACACAUGGUUUGAAUGAACGGGUGGUUCACAGGCUUCUGCAAAAUAUGAAGAAGCAAUCCAGUCYCUGAAAUCAGGUGUGCUGGAGCAGGGAAACAAAACAUGCAGGAUGUCGGUCCUCGGGGACCAGGAUUAAACACCCCCGUUUUAAACCUUAGCUACAGGAGCAUAACUUCUCCUCUGAACAGGAGACGGUGAUCAUCGGCUUGUCUGUCAAACCUAUCAUUUCCUUCUGAGAUCAUCUGUGCAGCUAUUAGCAGUGCAGACACACAGGUUGGAGUUCAGUCURACAGUUUAACCCCAAAUUACAACUAAUUCAAAGAAAGUGACUGAAUCUCUUUUUUUAAAACUGAGAUUAAAACAGCAUCAUUAAAAUGCACAUUCAUUUAAAUAUUUGUAUGCAUCUUUUUACAUAUUUAGGCAUAAUGAUGUAAAAAAGGUUGUUUGUCCUCACACUAUCUGAAAGCCUAUAGGGUGUUUAAAACACUUCUAUGUGUGGGGGUUUCUUUUUCUUUUCUUUUUUUUAACUUUGGUCAAACAAAAAACACAGUCAGAGACCUCUGGGCGUUUUCUAUCUUUUGCAUCAAUGCAGUUGUUCGUAUCCUGCCGUGUCCUCCCACAACCCCUCGAACGGUGGCUUAAAAAAAGUCUAAUCCCUUUGUGGUAGAUAGAGUUUAUCCUAAAAAAGGGCUUGAGCAUCUUAAAAGCUUCAGGGUCUUAAACACGUCCAUAUCAAAUAACUUCAUGAACAGUUUGGGAGCAAAGGAUUUUAUUGUUUUGUUUUUAUUUGUAUUGUUUUCKUUUUAUUUUUCUCUAUGCACAUGAAGAAGUCGCAGCAUUUCAACAGUGAGAUAUUCAACCAACCAAAACAAGAAAUAUCCUUUUUUUAUUUCUCUGGGAAUACUCAGCACUGUUUGCACUGWGGCCCGGUGACAGUAAUUUAAAAAYAGAGAGGGGAAAAAAAGAGUUUAAAUUUCUGCCAGAAUGGUUGCUCACUUUUGUCUCUGUUUCUUUUACAGUCCCAGAAUUUUCUGGCUCUUAUCUAUUGACCCCUUGCUUUGCUUGUGUAAUCAUUUAUCUGCAAUACAGCUGCAUGUUUAGCAAUCACCAUCAGCUUGCAUAAUGGAGUGCAGCUCUGUGGCUGAUCACUCUGAAUACUGAUGUGUUUACAGUCUGUGCCAUCCAUUUGCUCUGUAUUUGUUCGUGGGCACGAUAAUUCAGGGUCUUUUUUGCUCAUUUGCUGUGUUUUAUGAAGCGAAACCCCCCCCCCUCUUGCUUUAACGGACAAAACCUUUACUGUCACUGACUUUAAUACUUGUCUUCCUUGAAUCAAUAUUGGUAAUUAUGCAGGAGGGCUGACUGUGGGAAUGAGAAAAGGGAAGUCUCUGUGUGUUCAAUGUCAAUGUCAGUCUCACAGUAUGGCUGCCAUCAUGUGUUGGGUUCGUGUAACUACUUCGCAAAAUAAACUGAAGCCUUUUCAGUUCA